AUGAAGCUACCUUCAUCAUCAUUCAGCAUCACCAUUCCUGCUGCUCCUGCUGCUUGUGCAACUUUAGCUUUAGUGGUGAAUUCACAAUCACCACAUAGCAUAUUCAAAGAAGCUUUGGAUCCAACAUCUUAUAAGGAAAAAGGGUGGGAAAGGGGUUCAGGUUCUACACAGGACAGGAGGAGAUGGAUCAAACUAUCAUCAUUGUCAUUUCUAACCAUGAUUGAUGGAAGGCAUAGGGGAAAGAUCAAGAGGAUCAUGGUCUCAAUGAAAGGGUCCACAAGCACCUCUCCUCUUUACUUCAGUGUUUGUUAUGGUUGGAAGAAGCAACAAGAUGGUAGACAAGAGGACGCUACAAAAUUUGAGGGCAAAGUUCACAGGACAUCCUUCAUCCUUGCCUUGGGUUCACCGGCGGGAGCAGCUCGCGAGACAUCGUCAGCGGCUGUGAUCGAUGAUAGGAUAAACAAAAAAGUCCCCAAUUGGAGGAAGAAAACCAACGGCAAGGACAAUCGAAAUGCUGAUGCAUCAGCCAUACCCAAAAAUUAG